GCGGAGCUUGCACUGUCACUGUCUCACGGUGGUUCUACACAUAAACAUGUGAAGGAGAAACGCACAGCAGGGAGAGGAGGGUUAACACAGAGCGAGGGAGCGAUAGAGAGAGAGAGAGAGAGAAUGUCGGAGAAGAGAGAGGAGGCAGUGGUGGCCAACAAGAAGGUAGUCCUGAAGCACUACAUAACAGGGUUCCCUAAAGAGAGCGAUAUGGAGGUGUUAACGACGGGGACCGUACGAUUGAAGGUAGCCGAAGGAUCGCCGGCGGUCUUGGUGAAGAAUCUCUACCUCUCCUGCGAUCCAUACAUGAGAAAACGCAUGUCCAAGCACGAAGAGCCCAGCUUCGUCUCCGAUUUCACCCCCGGCGAGGUAUUAACUGGUUUUGGUGUGGCUAAAGUUGUGGAUUCUAAUCAUCCAAACUUUAAGGAAGGAGAUUAUGUCUGGGGACCAACUGGAUGGGAAGAGUAUAGCCUUAUUACUUCGCCUGAAAAUCUUUUUAAGAUUAAAUACACGGAUGUGCCUCCUUCAUACUAUACCGGCCUGCUUGGGGUUUUACAGCUUACAUUGGAUUUUUUGAGAUAUGCAAGCCUAAGAAAGGGGAGUAUGUAUUCAUAUCAGCUGCUUCGGGAGCUGUUGGCCAGCUUGUUGGGCAGUAUGCUAAGCUGAUGGGCUGUUAUGUGGUUGGAAGUGCCGGGUCAGAUGAAAAGGUGAGUCUACUGAAAAACAAGUUUGGUUUUGACGAUGCAUUCAACUACAAGCAGGAGACUGAUCUCAAUGCCGCUUUGAAGAGGAGAUUUCCCGACGGCAUCGAUAUCUACUUUGAGAACGUCGGCGGUGCAAUGCUGGACGCCGUUCUGCUGAACAUGAGGAUUCACGGCCGCAUUGCGGCGUGCGGGAUGAUUUCACAGUACAAUCUCGAGAAGCCCGAAGGCGUUCAUAACCUGAUGUUUGUUGUCUCCAAGCGGAUUCGGAUUGAAGGUUUCAUCGUCUUUGACCAUUACCACAAGUAUUCCGAGUUCGUCGAGUUUACUGUUCCUCGUGUGAAGGAUGGAAGAAUCACAUAUGUGGAGGAUGUAGUUGAGGGGCUUGAGAAUGCGCCGGCCGCCUUGGUAGGGCUGUUCUACGGCCUGAAUGUGGGGAAACAGUUGGUGGCAGUUGCUCAUGAGUAGAGAGGUGAGUUCAUGUGAGUGUUUAAAUUGGAAAUUUUAGUAUAUAUAUAUAUGGUAUAAAUAAUUUGCUAAAUUGGAUAAAUGGAACAGAAUUUAUGGUCAGUUAGUGGCAGUUGAGGAGGAGCAGAUGGGAGUUCUAUAUUUUGUGAAUGUUUUGGGGAGCUUUAUAAGGACUGGAAUGUUUGUGAUGAAUUUAUUUUAAGUUGUUUUUGUGUUA